CCCCCGACCAACUCAACCAUUUCCCACCAACCCCCUCCGCCUCACAAUUCCCAGAUGGAAGGCCUCAUCCCGCUCAUCUACAAGGCCAUCAAGGAUCGGCGCAGCGCGGCCGCCGGCGGAGGACGGGCCUACCCCGCCGCCGUGCCCGUGGACCUGGACGACCCGGAACAGAGGCGGCGGUGGCUGCAGCAGGAGGUUCGGUCCCCCGUCCACGCGGCGGCGCCGACGGGUGCGGCGGGGGAGGGGCCUCACCGGCGGAAUCGGUCGCUGGAGGAGCUUGCGGGCGAGGUGGGGCUCUCUCCGGACCGGCGGCCGCGGAUGCCGCUGCCCAAGGCCAGGAGCCUCCGCGCCUUCGCCUGCAUCGGCGCCGCCUGACCGCCGCCCCCGGCGCGCGCGCGCGUGCACGCGUAGGCGUAGGUACGUUAGGGUUCGUUCGUGCGUGCAAGUUCAUCGAGCUGUAAGCUUGUAUUACACUAUAUGCGUGGCUGUGUGUGUCGAGAACUUGAAAUUCUAUACAAUCAGGUAGUGGUUGAUGAUUUUCU